AAAUUGGACCGAACAGUAACGAAAGACGAACUGAAUCAAGGAAUCAUUCUCGCAGGUUAUGGUAACUUCGGCUCAAAUUUUAGCUCAUACUUACAUUUUUUAAGGUUAACGCUUUUGUUAUUCGGCGAUUUGUAGUGAAGUUUGGUCUUCACCGAGGCGACCGUCACCGAAAAUAGCGAUUAGAAUUCCCGCGUUACUACGUUACCGAGCGAUAAUUUAACACGACUUGAUGUUGUUUGGUGCUCAAGAGUUGUAGAGUAAACUGAGAGGAUUGAUUGUAUUGGGAACACACCGUUGUAUUGAUACAAGUCAAGGAAAGCCGACAACUAUUCAGUGGAAAUUAGGCCAUGACGUUGUUUUGUUCUGCUGAGAGGUUGAGUCAGACCUGAAUUUAAAGAACCACAAACCCAUCGCUUGCCGUGAAACGUUCGAAAGCUUUUUAUUUUGGCGUGGCGUAAUCAUCGACGAAAUAGGAAUUAAACUUUUAUUAUUUUCCUGUCAACAUGGCUCUGGCAUCCUGGGCUAGGAUUUCAUUUAGCUGAUAUAUUUAUUUAAACUUUAAAAUGGAUGAGGACGAACAGGAUGUUUAUGUGGCACAACUUCAUGAAGUAUUUGAUAGUUGUGACCAUGCUCGAAAGGGCUUUUUGAAUAGGAACGAACUUGUGGAGUUGUGCAAAAAACUGCAGCUUGAUGACCAAGUUCCGCAACUACUCCAGCAGUUAUUGGGGAGCGUCGAGGCGGAGGGACAGGUUACAUUCGAUGACUUCAAGGAAGGAUUUGUAGCUGUGCUUUCUCAAGCAAUUGAACAGUUAUCCUCUAGUGAGGAUGAAGAACAACCAUCUGAUUCUGUUACAGAACCACCCAAGCUAGUGGUGAAUGAGAAACGUUAUGGAAGAUGGUCACGACCAGAGGCAUCUUACUCUGAAGAUCUGUACUCUGCAGAUGAUGAGAGCAUGAUUGAGAGUCGACCAGAGAGCCGUAUGAGUGAUGCUCACAUUACUUCAGAGCCAGAUCGUGUUGAAAGCGCAACAAGAGAGGAGAAACCAAGGUUAAAAAGAAGACUAUCAAGCAGAAAAAGCAGUCUGAGGAACAGCAUACGUCGACAUAAUUCCAAACAGAGGAAGUCUCGUGAGGACUCUAUCUUGGCCAGUGACUCUGAUGUGUUGGAGGGUAAUGGACUUUUAAGUUCUCCACAGCCUAAUUCAGGGUAUGAAUCACCAACCGAAGAAGAGCAGCUGAGAGCAAUCUGGACUGAAGUGAAUGUUGGUGCAAAUGGUUACCUGGAUAGACAUGAAUUGUCUGUGGUAUGCGAUCACAUUGGCAUGGACUCCAUGAAUGAACAGGAGCUGGCUCUCCUGUUUGAGGAGCUGGAUGAUGACGGUGAUGGUCAAGUGAGUUUCGACGAGUUUCUUCAUGGCUUGUUUGUGGCUAAAGACAUUCAACAGUCUGACAUAGAGCCUGAAUGGGAACAAAAACAACAGUCCACGCCAUAUAAUCGAGCACCAGCCGAAGAUUUUACUACUAAAGGCCAGAGGUCCUUGAACAAUGAUGAUUCAUUUUUUCUCUCCAGAACUGGAGGAAGUAGUUCAACAUUUGAUCUGUUUUCGCUGCUGGAUCCAGAAAGAACGGGUUUUGCUAAGAAAGAAGACAUCAACGAUUUCUGGCUGGCUCAGGGAUUGAACGAGGCAAUUCCACUGUUACAGGAUUUAGAUGCAGAUGCGGAGGGGAAAGUUAGCCUUCAUCAGCUUACAAACUUACUGGAAUCUGUCGUGGACGAGCAGAGCGAUGGCGUACCCAAAGCUAUAGUGAAUAUCUACAAACACGAAGUAGUCCAUUUAAAAUCUCAAGUGGAGUCGGUCGCCGCCGAACGCGAUGCCCUCAAGGAGACUUUGGUCAAAUUCACGGAAGAGAAAGAAAUGCUUAUUGUCGAAAGCGAGGACACGGCUCAGAAAUUAGAGAAACUACACGAAACAAAGAUGAGGGAUCAAGAAUCACACUACACAGAAAAAAUGCAGAACUUACAACAAACGUUAACAGAGGAACGCGAUAAAGUUGUAAUGAAUGCAAAUCAACAAAAGUCUAUGUUGGAGGAGUCACUUCAUCAUACAAAGAGUGAAGAACAGCGAUUGAGGACUAAACUCGCUGAGGCCGAGGAGGAGAUUUUGCGACUAGAGAAGACACUAUCGGAUGCUCAGGAAAAACUCAACGAGUCAGAAAACAACCGAGAGAGACUGGAGAAGGAAUUGGAAUCCAUGUCUGAUUUAUCACACAGGCUGGCUGAAGUCGAGAAGCAACAGCUUCUAAAACAGCAGCAGAAUCAGAAAAACAGCAAAACCGUGAGGGAACUGGAACGUAUAAAUAGGGAACUUCGAGACGAGAACGAUGAACUGCGUCUUCAGUGCGAAGCUCUCACGCAGCAGGUCAACAGCUCGGUGAAACGACGACCCAGUCAUCGGAAACGGCAGGACAGCCAGAAAGUACAUCGGCACGGCUCGGUACUCUCCGAUUACACGAAACCCGUGGUCGUUAAACGGAAAAAGGAGGGUGCAACAGAGGGUGCGACAUCAUCGGAGGAGUCGGAUACAGCUGACCAGCCAGACGGUACGCGCGUUCCUUCUGUGCGAGUCAGCGGUGAUGGCGGGUCAAAUGAGGACGCGGAUGACUCCGCUGAACUGCAGGAACAACGCAAAGUUAUUGAGAGAUUGGAGAGUGAAUUGAAGGAAAAAGAAGAACAGAUCAAUGCGCAUAAAGCUAAAGUAGAAGAACAAGAAUCGUCGAUGAGCGAGAAAGAAAAGUUGCUGUCCGAUCAGAAGAUCGCAUUAGCAGAGUUCCAAGGAAAAGUGGAAGAGCUUGGUGACAAGGUGAAGGAUCAGGAAGCUCAGCUGAGGGCCAAAGAGGCUUCCAUUCAAGAUCUGAGGAACGAAAUUGAGGGUCUGACGGGUUCUCUUACCUCUGAGAGUUACGAAGCAAAGCAAAGGUAUGACACCGAGCUGGCGAAUCUCACAGCGCAGUUUACCGGAGAGAUGGAAGGACUGCAGAAGAGCUGUCACACGGAGAAGGAGCAGCUGGAGAAGGAGUAUCAAGAUAAGAUGAAGGAUUUAGAGCGGUCGCUUAGAAGCGAGCGGGAAAGCCUCCGGAAGGAGCUGGAGAAUGGAUUCAGGCAGGAACGGGAGCUGCUGAUAUCGGAAUACGAGAGCGAGAAAUCUGAAAUGGAAGAAGAGCACAGAGGAGAGAAAGAAAUGCUGGAGAGGCUGUUCAAGGGAGAGAUAGACAAGGAGAAGGAGAAAAUGGAAACUGAGGAGAAACGACUGGUAGAAAAGCUUCAAGCCGUCGAGGCGGAAAAAACUGAGGUGGAGUUGAAGUUGAUGAACGAGAAGGCAGAACUGGAGCAGCAGUUUAGAAUAGACAAGGCUGAAUGGGAGAUGCAGAAGAACACCAAAGUAGCAGCCUUGGAAAAGAACCAGCAUGAAUGGACAAUUUUACGAUCUGAACUCGAGAGCGCACAUCAACAGCAGAUUAGUAUGCUGGAAAAUAAAUUUAAGAAGGAAAAAUCUAAAAUGGAGGAAAAAUACUCUAACGAGACAUGGGAGAUUAAGCAGGCUCAUGCUAAGGAAGUAGCAAGUCUGAAGCAAAGCUUUGUCGAGCAAAAAGCAGAAAUCGAACAGAAGUUUGCCCGUGAAAAAGCUGAACUGCGGGAGUCUUUUACCCGCGAGAGAAAUGAACUUGAACAAAGAUUUGCACGGGAGAAGGUUGAUUUGAAGGAGAAUCUCGAAAAUGAACAUAAUCACACGCUGGCUCUGAAAGAAGCUGAAUUGAAAAAUGGUUUCCUGAAGGAAAAAGCAGCGUUAGAAAAGCAAUUUGACGAGGAACGCGCGAAAAUCGAGGAAGGCUUCCAAGAAAAUUCGACUCACAGCGAACUGGCUUUCCAAAAGUGGAAAGCUGAAAUCGAAGAACAUUACACCGAAGAAAAGGCCAAGCUGUUACAGAGUUCGUCUCGAGAGAAGGUUGAAUUAGAGGCGCGUUAUAAAGAUCAAAUAACCGAGUUGCAGCAGGCCUUCACCGAUGGCGAGGCUGGGCUGAAAGGACAGCUGAAAAACGAUUUCUUGUGUUUGUUAGCGACUCAUAAAGCGGAGUUAGAAGAGAGUUUUGCUACACAGAAAGCACAGCUGGAGGAAAGCUACCUUCGGGAAAAACAGGAAUUCCAAAAGAGUGGAACGGUAGGCUUGCAGGAACUUCGGGAAACUUACUCAAGCGAGCGAAACGAACUUGAAGAGAGUUACCAGAGGAAAAUCAAAGACCUACAGAAAAAUAACGCUCGCGAAAAACAAGAAUUAGAGGAAGAGUACGUGCAGGAGAAGAUUGAACUUCGCUCGCAAUUAGAAAGAGAAUACGCCACUAAACUGAAAACCGAAACUGGUCUACUGGAACAAACUGUAAAGCAUUUACAAGAUGAGAUCAAUUUCCUCAAAGAGCAGAAACGUGAGCUGGAAGCUAAAGUUCAAACUCUUGAGCUCAAGACUUUAACUCGCAGCGACAAAGAAGUCGUAGAGCUGAAACUGUCGCGCGAGAAAGUGGCCGAGCUUGAAAGCAAAGUGGAGUCGCUUGAAAAGGAGAAAGGACACAUUUUGGAAAACAGUAUCAAGGAAAUUACUGAGCAGAAAGUGCACCUCGACGAGCUUCAAAGGGAGAAAGCUGUUAUGGAAAAGGAAGCGUUAGAAAGAGAGAGAGAACUUCUGGAAGCCGAAAAGGUAAAGAAGGAAGGAGAAGAAAACAAAGUGAAGGAACUAAAACUUAAAACUGACGAAAUGGACGUGAUGUUAAAUCUACGAGCCUCCGAAGUGGAGGAUUUAGAAACGAAGUUCCGUGAGCAGAGCUCAGAAAACGAAAAACUGAGAGAAACUCGUGGAACUUUGGAAACCGAGCUUCAAGAGGCAAGAUUGCGACUCCAAGAACUGGAGGUCGAUUUGAAUUUGAGUAAUUCGUCCAAAGAACAACUUGAGGAGAAGUUAAAAGCAAGAGACUCACAGCUGAAUGGCUUGGCUUCAACGGAAGCCGAGCUCAAGGACAUCAUGGACAAAAGCCAAGAGAUCGAGAACAUGUUGCGCAGUCGUGAUUUAGAAAACCAAGAGUUGAACAAAAAGCUCUUAGAUAACAAUGCUGAGCUUGAAAGUGAAGUGGCGGAGCUCCAAAGCGACUUGAGAAAAUCCAUGGUCAAGAAUAAAGAGCUCGAUGCCUUGUUGACGAUGAAAGAAAAUGAAAAUCAGACGCUGGAAAGAAAGGUCAACGAAUACAAUAAGCAAAAAACCGAACUCGAGGAUAGGGCAUCGCAGCUGACCAAUCAGCUCGCAGACGUGGAAACAACUCGACUUCACGAACUGAACACGCGCUUAUCCCUUUGGGAGACUGAGAAUAAGGAUUUGGAACAGCGGCUGAAUCAACGCAACAAACACAAUUUGGAGUUGGAGCAGAAGGUGAGACUGCUUACCAAAAAGAUGGCCGAUAAGGAUGACGUCAGGGUGAAAGAGCUAGAGCGCAUGCUGGCCGUACGAGAAACUGCCUACCAGGCCCUCGAGGCGAGGCUCGAGCACCGCGUUGAAGAAACAGCCCAACUUGAAAAACAAGUCACUCAGCUGACCCAAAAGCUUGCGAACAUGGAAAACAUGCGGCAAAGGGAGUUUGAGGCUGAGAAGGCCAAAAAUGAUCUUAUUACCAUGGAAAAGAAGCUGCAAGAUGUCCAGGAAAAGAAACAAGUGGUAGAAAAAGUUCUUAAAGAAAAGAACGCUAAAGCAAAUCAUCUUCAAGAGGAGGUCUAUGUGCUAAAAGAGAGAUUAGCUAAUGCACAGGGAACCCACAAAAGAGAAUUGGAGACAGAAAAACAAAAGGCAACUCUUGCAAAUACGGAAAUGACAACCAUGAAAUCUCGUCAUCAGCGUGAAGUGAGCGAACUGAAGGAACAGGUUCAUCGAGCCAACUUGGCCAGUGAACGGGAUCAGGCUCUCAGAGAAAAAGUAUUUAAUGAGGCGAAGGCAGAGGUUAUGGCACUCAGCAAAAAGCUCGAAGAGAAGACCCGACGACUGAGAGAACUUGAAAAAGCAAGUCAUAUGUGGGAAGGGAGGAUACGACAACUAGAAAAGGAGAAACUUGAAUUGGAAACAAAAGUGAAACAAACGCGAGAAGCACUGGAUGAACACGUGGCGAGGCUGAGUAAACAGCUUCAACAAUCUGAAAUCAGUGCCACACGUUCAGGUAACCUUGUUCAGGAACUGUACAUAGAAAACGCCAAACUUACAAAAGCUCUUCAACAAACGGAAGCCAACGAGAGAAGAGCGGAGAAAGCAAAUCGACAGCUUACAGAACAAAAGAAAGCCCUGCAAAGGGUCAUCUCUAAGUUAUGUGGAGCCAAUGCUAUAGCUUAAAAGCAACAACAUGUGUAACAGAAGGAGAAAGAGGAGUAAAUAUAUCUCCAAGCGAGAAAUCAUUGUCAGUGGGAGUCUUCUCUUAGAUUCCUUGGAUGUUUUUCUGAUGAGAAGAUUUUUCACAAAGAGCUGGUUCACAACUAGAUCGUGUUGUUGAUCCAGAUCCUUCUCAUAUCAUCAGCGCUGCUCUCUUCUUGGAGUUUACUAUGUGGAUCCUAACGAGACAAUGUUUCCAUCUAAUAGACCAUUUUUGUCUGGCUAGAUUAUUUGAAAAUUUUACUGACGUUGUGGUACAUUUUAUCUCAGUUUUACAAAGAUCCAGAUCUUUAAUUUGUAAGCAUUAUUCAAAUGAAUUGAUCAAAGGUUUUAAACCUGCCGACUUUUGAUACUAGGAUUAAAAGUAUUUUUGUAAAUGUAAUUUCACAAUUGUGAUCUAAAUCUUUGUUGCUCGAGCACUGCGUAGAUAUAGAAUUGCAUACAUAGUUUUCAUAACUUUUAUAGCUUUUGCCACUUAUCAUUUAGAAAAACUGUUUCUCAAUAAUUUUAUUUACGCAAAGAAAGAUAUUGCUAUAUUUGAUCUCAAUUGCCUUUUUGAAUUGACGAAAUAUUGUUAGUUGUGUAAAGAUGUACAGCAAAUUACGUGAAGAAACCCACUCGAUGUAUUCGCUUAACUGACCUCGCCCAUUGAUCAAUCAUUGAAUCAAUUCAUAAAUCAAUCAAACAAUCAGUCUGCAAGUAAUCAGUGAAACGAUAGAAAAAUCAUUUCAUCGAAUCUGAAGACACGAUUUGCCUUUUCUUAAUGCACUAUGAUAUUUAACAUUUUUAUGCAGAUUGAGUCCAUCUGAUUAGAAUGGAUUAAAUAAUCUAGUGAAGAAAUUUGAAAAUAUAGUCAGUGCAUCAGUUGAAUUGUUCGUCCUUUUGUAAUAUAACAAAACAAUCUGUUGUCUUGUUCACUGCGUCAUAUCUCGAAUAAACACAGCCAUGCGGUGUUCCUAUUUCGUUUGAAUGACCGGUUUUUAAUUAAAUUUGGUUUGUUAUAAAAUUUGAUGGAACUGAA